AUGUCCCGAUCCGCCGCAGACGCAACCCGUUUCACGGCCACAGGCCCCUACGCGCAUUCCAAGCCCGGUGCCGCCCCCUACAAGCUCCCCGGCUUCAUGGCGAACGCUCAGUCGCAGGGAUCCGGCAACGGUGGUCGUCAAGAGACGCCGAAAGAGAAGGUCGAGCGGUUGCGGGCCCAGGCUAGGGCGGCCCGGAUGGCGCAGUCGACUUCACGCGUGGAUACCAUGAUCGAUUUUGGGAGACGGUUCGCCAACAAAGCGCAUAAGACUAUGGUUUAUACGCUUAUUGCUGCUUCGGGUAUCUGUGGAGCGUUAACGGUCUACUCGAUGGUGUCUCUUACGCUAUAUAAUCGUCGUCAACGGGCGCUGUGGAUCGAGAAGGAAUUGCAGACGUUGCAGGAUGCGAAGACGGCGUUUGCCAGCGGAACCGCCACACCGGCACAGUUGGAAUUGCUCAAGAACGAGAAGAUCGGCGAGAUCUACGAACAGAAGAAACAGGAGGAGAAGGCGCAACGGCCCUGGAAUAAGUUCAAGCGGUAUUUGUUCGAAGGGUUGAGCUCGGAGGAUGCUGCCUCGAAGGUGGAGGGUGCAGCGGAGAAUAACAAGCCGGGGGUGCUGGAGGCGCUGAAUGCAAAGGCUGCGGAGGAGGCAAAGGCCGCUGCGGCUGUCCCUGCUGCUGUGCAGCAACCGGGUCAGUUGGAUGCUCUGGCGGAGAAUGCGGAGACCGCUGCAAAGCAGACCUCGAAGAGCUGGAAGAGCUGGCUCACCGGUCGGUAA